AUGACGCGUAAGCUGAGCAGCUCAACACGGUCGCCCACUGAGGACUCCAUCUUCCUGAGGCCAGAUGAAGAUCCUGUGUGGCUGGAUGAACCCACAAAGACCGACAAAAUCCUUGAUGGAUUUUCUAAAAAGGAUGAGUCGAAUGAAGGCAAAGAUCCUCCUGAAUCCUUCGGAGAAGAAGUGUUUCUGCACAAAGUCUACUCUUUGGUCGUGGAGAUACACUUCUGGGUGGUUCUCUUUGCUGUGUCGCAGGUCACGGGCUACUGGCUGUUCUUUGUGAUGGAAGGAAAUGGGCCAUUUUCCUCAAUCUAUAAAGCUCUGCAAGUUAUCGACUUCUACCUUAGCUUCAUCAUUCCAUGCCACCCAAUCUUUGGUGGGGAUUCAUUAUUAUUGAUGAAGGAGGUUUCCCACACUGAAGAGCACAAGUGGAUUUUCAAUGGCACAGCAAGCAUCGGUGUUGCCAUCUCCGUUAUCAUGAUCAUCCACAUGGUGUGUAAGUGGCGCUACGGUGCUAGCUUGUGGUCCCCAGUCCCAAAGGAGGCAGGAGAGCGACGGCAGUCUGUGAGCCGGCAGCCUUCCUUCACCCUGUCGGAGUGGACCGACGCUCAGGAGGACCUGCUGGACCUGGACCCUGUGCCAGAGACACCUGUGUUCGACAUUGGUUUGGACUCCAGGACGGAGGCUGAUUCUGCCACUCUCACCGUCACUCCAGUGGGGCUACAGGAGCGGAGGGGCUCUAAUGUCUCCCUGACUCUGGACAUGUGCACGCCCGGCUGUACAGAGCCCUAUGGCUACGGCGGGCAGCUCUCCCCCAGAGACCAGUCGGCCCAAGAAUACCUCCGACAGGGUACACAUGUCCUGACCCCUGCCAUGCUACACAGCCGCGCCAUGGACGACCAGGCCCUGCAGGCUGAGUUUUAUGUGAGCACAGCAUCUAGCGCCUACACGCCAACAGCCCUUAGAUUCCCUGAAAACAUAAGUGAGACUCACCGGAAAAGAUACGGACACGCACACCUAGACAAAGAAACGCACCCACACAUCACCCAGAGGAGCUUCACGAACCCGCAAGCUUCUCCAGCGACGCUAAGUGGGCGAAGGAGAAUGCAUACAGCCUUAUUUGCAUAA